AUGACCAACCAGUUUACCACAGAUGAAGCCGUGGGUACAGAUGCACAGUUUUCAGUUGAUGACAACAAAUAUGGUAAUACAGGACCGGGUGAUGGUGGACGAUUUCGACGACGUGGUUACUUUGGUAUUAGAGGACGUAGAAUGUACCAAUCAAUGUACGAAUCAUUAUUAGAUUCAGAAAUCAUCGAAAGUCCAGAGAAAGCAGCUAUGCCCGAUAAAGCCAUAAAGAUCGCCACGACGAAAUGGACAUCGAAUAUGACAAAGCUUGCCGAUGGUACGAUGUAUGGAUUUUCAAUGUUAUGGUAUUUGUUGACUGAUGGUAUUGAUGGACUUGCGGAUGCUGCGAAACAAUAUGCAAAAGUUCUCCGUCAGAUAGAGUGUAGUUCAUUGCACACUGGACAAGGACCAGAGUGUCAGUACAACAGUACCCAUUUAGGUAAUUGUUAUGCGGAUUGCAUUCCAGGACUAGAAGAUGCUGAAUAUUGUGGGUGCGAUGGGAAAGGUGAGAGAUGUCCAAACAGUCCACCACAUAUCCGAUGUUGUCUUGGUCAAUGUACAGCAGAAAUUAAAUUGGAUCUUGGUUUUAUUUUGGAUGCGUCGGGUAGUAUCGGUGCAAUAAAUUAUGAACUUCAGCGUUCUUUUACUAAAGACAUACUUCGACGUGUCAAUGUCGGACCAAAUAAGACUCAUGUUGCCAUUAUUAAUUAUUCAACUCGUCUACAAACUUUAUCAUUGCUUAAUCAAUAUUAUACACUAGACGAAAAAUUAAGUAGAGUUGAUAAUGCUGCAUACUUUGGAGAAAAUACAUUUACAGGUGAAGCACUUCGAGAAGCAAAUCGUGUAUUUUCAAAUAAUACUGGACUUCGACCAACUGAAGAUGGCGCACCAAAAGUUAUAUUUCUUAUUACAGAUGGACAGAGUAAUGGUGUUCUAAAGCCAAUACAAGAAGCCAAUGUUUUGAAACAACGAGAUAUUCAUAUAUUUACUGUGGGAGUAGGUAAUAAUGUCGAUCUUACUGAAGUGCAGGGUAUUUGUACGCCACCGUGGUCUGAGAAUUACCUACCUAUCACGAAUUACGCUGGUUUGGAACAAAAAUUGAGUCAGUUUAUGUCGAAAACAUGUACUGAACCGAUUAGUGUGGUCGAAAAUUCAACAGUUAUUGGAGAAUGUGCGAAAGACAAGUAUAAAUUUUUUGAAGUUAGUAUUAAAGUUGUUGGUAAUAAAAUAUUGAUAACCGUGAAACUUUUUAAUGGAAAAGUUAAAUUAUUUUAUUCAUUUAAUGCUCGAAAUCCAAAAGAUCCAUCUGACUUUGACACUUAUUCAAAUGAUAAAUCAAAAACAUCAGCUACACUUACUAGUUCGAUAUGGGCAAAACAUUAUUUUAAUGAUAUUGGUGUACACGUAUUUGAGUCAAAACAGGGUAUAAUGCGUACGGAUGAAGAUGAAGUGACAUUAAUAUUGGAUAAGCCGUCAAAUGAUACAGAAUUUGUUUAUAUUGGCGUUAAAGGAUUAGAAGAACAAAACAGAUUUGAAGUGGCAUUUGAUGAUUGUGCUAAUGAUAAUGUUGAUUGUACAAUAAAAUCAACAUCAUCCGUAAUUAAUAUGAAUUUAUUUGGUAUCAUUAUUCUAGUGCUUAUUAGCUUUUUAUCUAGAAUGUCAAAUUGA